AUGACUAUUGAUACUGCUGGAACUGCCGAUUUAGAGUCAUUAUGGCGCGAAUUUGUCAAAGUCGAGUCACACAAACGGACCCUUUUCGCAGUGCAUCAGAUCGACGCGCUUUGGUAUCAACUGCUUUCUAUUCCUCGCUCAAUCUCACACCUGGAAAUAAAGCAUGAUAUGCCCUGUCCAGAAGACCAUUGGUCGUCAUCCUCUGCUGCUGAAUGGGCUCAUCGACAACUUGUGUCAAGAAAUACCAGCUCCUCAGUCACAUACACCGAUGCUGUUCGACGCUUCCUUUCCUCUGAUGACGAUAUCACCUCCCUUCCGCCAUUUGAUCCGUAUGGUGCUAUAAACAUUGCGCAAUUCCUGAUCUCUAGCGCCCGGGAAAUCUCCAGCUGGUCUACAAUGACGGGUAUGCUCAGUAUGGAACGAUUCGGCGCAUUAAGAUCAUCCCUCGUCACACUAAGCCCAUUCAUCUGCCCUGAAAACUGCCCAGCGCAAACAAAACACGCAACAUCGUGUGCUGCGACUUGGGAGACUGCCAUGAUCGAGCUGCAGAUGUGGUCACCAUCCCAUACUGGCGGCAUUGUGGAGGGAAGCAUAGAUGCCAUUCUCAGUCAGUCAACAUACCUAGGACCAUCGCAGUUCUUGUGCGAUACCAACACGGCAAAAGCUAUACAACCGCAUGUGAACUGGUUCCUACGAUAUCUCGAUGAGACGCUGAUACUGGAAUCUGAAGCGCCAUGGGUUGCCCUCUAUGCAUAUAAAGCUUUUUUGAUUGCCUGGCAACUAAUACAUGCCGGCCUACCUGGCGCAUUGGAGGUCGUGGGUGUUCAUGAUGGCAAUAUAGAGGGAGCUCUGAUUUGGGCAAGAAAGGUCUUUCAGCGAAGACAGAAAUGGCAGCUUGGGAAACUCAUCUUGACCUGUUUGGAUGAAUUAGAUAUGCAUUCUAAGAAUAAUGGCUAG